AUGGUAUGGGCAUGCAUAGGACGUGGCAUGAAAAGGAGCCGGAGAGGACUGGCAUUCGCUAGAGGCUGGCCUCACAACACACUUUUCACUGGCAAGGUAUCGUAUAUCGGACCCAUACAGAUUGGUACCCCUCCUCAAUCGUUUCUGGUGCAGUUCGACACAGGCUCUGCAGACCUGUGGGUCCCCUGCAAGGGUUGCAAUCCCCACGAAGCCGCUUGUAAGAAUCAUCGUCAGACCAGCGGAUACGACGGUAUUCUCGGCAUGGCAUGGCCGUCAGACGCA